AUGAAUGACGGUUUAGACGACGACGAGUAUCCAGACGACGACGACGACGAUAUCAACACUACGAAUACUACAUCGAAUACAUCUAAAAUAACCGUAGACGAAGCGUUCGCGUCGUACGUCGGACAAAUUGGACGAGGACAAUUGAAACAGUUUUUAUUGAGUUCCUCGGCGUGGUUACCGGCGGCGUUUUUGACCCUGGUCUCGGUGUUCACCCAAAGAACGCCCGAGUGGGAGUGCGUGAACGAUGACGAUGAAAACGACGAUAUCUUUUACUCGUACUGCACAGAGCAGAAAGCGAAAAGAAUAGAGGACGACUUGUCCGUGUUGUGUUCGUUGAAUGAAUAUUACGAGGAGAACAAGAAGAACAACACAGAAGAAAUAAUAGUAUGGAAAUGGACGAACAAGAAACAAUCGAUCGUUUCGGAGUUUAACUUAAUAUGUAAAGAGGAGUAUAAAGUACAACUGGCGUCGUCCAUGUUCUUCGUCGGUUUUUUCUUCGGCGCCGGUUUACUCGGACAACUCUCGGACGUGAAAGGAAGACGAACGGGAGUGUACGCCGCGGUGUUGAUUUCAUCUCUAGGUGCCGGGUUAGCCUCCAUAUCGUAUUCGUAUUCUCAAUAUUUCGUGGCUGUAUUCAUAGGUGGAUUUGGUGUCGGAGGUAUUGGCGUCGCGUCGUUCGUAUUGUGCACGGAACCGUUGGGGAUUUCCUGGAAAGGCAUCAUGGGCAUCGGGACGCAAUACUGGUGGGCGCUCGGGAUUUGUUCGAUGUCGUUUUUCGGAUACUUGAUGCGAGAGAGUUGGCGAAUGUAUUCGUUUUUCUGCGCGUUAUUAGGGUGCGGGUACGUCUUUUUCACGUUUUCCUUUCUUAAAGAAAGUCCCCGAUGGUUGUUAGCGAACGGGAAACCGAACGAGGCGAAAGAGGUCUUGGAGUUUUUGGCGAAGAAAAACGGACGCUUGACGUUUGAACGACUCCCAGAUUUGAAGGAACCGGAAAAGACGGAAAAUGUGAACGUGUCCGCGAUUUUCCCGCACAAGAAGUUAAAGUUAAGAUUGAUGUGCAUGGCGUUUGUGUUCGCGUGCAACGGUUUAAUCUAUUACGGGAUAUCCUUAAACGUUGGAAAUUUAGCCGGAUCGAUUUAUAUGAACAAUUUCUUGAGCGGGUUGGUGGAGAUCCCAUCGCACAUCGCGGCGCAGUUCGCGGUGGAUAUCAUCGGAAGACGCACGACGUUGAUGUCGUUGAUGAGUUUAAGCGGGUUCGGUGCCUUUAUCAGCGGUUUCUUGAAAGGAAAACAGAGGAUAUUCUUCGCUUUAGUCGGUCGAUUCGGCAUUAGCGGUUCCUUCAACGUCGUGUAUUUAUACACCACGGAGUUGUUCCCGACUAUCGUUCGAUCGGCGGCGUUGGGGUCGUGUUCGAUGAUUGGACGCAUCGGUUCAAUCAGUGCGCCGCAAGUGUUGUUCUUGCGCGUGAUUUCUCCGGAACUUCCUUCGAUCGUCUUGGCGCUCUUCGCCUUGUUAGCGGUGUUGACGUGUACUUUAGUUCCGGAAACGCACGGUUUGGUUCUGGAAGAAUCUUUAGACGGCGCGGAACUGCAAGCGUGCGGAGAAGAAAUGACACAAAACUUAGCCAUUGGCUCUCAAUUUAGCAACAACUUUACGCAGUUGAUUGUUGAAGAAGAAGACGAUGAAUACAACGAUAAUGACGAUAACGACGACGGGGCGAGAAUGUUAGGGACGACGGCGAUAGAUUCGUCUUCUUCGAUGGCGAUUCGAGAAUGA